GUGGAUCUUGUUUUACAUCGCCAUUUCCCAGUUAUCCGAGCUUGACCAGAGAUAAUAAUCUUAUAAAUACAUACGUACGAGACAACAUGUAACGCGACGCCGCGCUUUUCGACCAUCAAAUCAGCAAACUAAUCAAAAGCGAAACACCAAAAUGUCCCGACAUCGAAACAUACGUUCCAUGAAUUAUAGCGACGAAUAUGAUGGCUAUGACGACGUCUACGGGCAUUCAGUGGAAGAGGACUACUGCAUGUCGCCCAGCCAGGCCACAUUCAUGUACAAUAGAGACAAUCCUCAGCGAAUUGGUGCCUUCAUGGCAUCACAGAAUGACAUUGCUGAGGAGGAGGAUGAUGAAUUAGCAAAAGUAAAAUUAGAAUCAUGUAUUGAUGCAAUGAAAGACACACUGGGAGUAUCAAUCACCCGACAACAGAUGGUUGAGGCAGCUGUAAGGAAUAACUAUGACCAUGAGAAAGCCAUCCAGGAGAUUUUAGUCAAGCAGGUGCUGCCUGUGUCUGUCAAUGUGGAAAAGAAAGUCAGUGAAAGCACGCCCACAACGCCCAACGUAAAGAUCAUCACGCCGGCGGUGACGCCCUCGACGGCGAGCAAAUCGCGCAGCGUUAUUAAAGGUUUCGACCUGUCGAACAAGCUGAACACGCCCAGAUCGCAGUCGCCUGCUUCGGGGCGUGGCACACCGACGCAGAUAGUCGCUGAUGGCGAAAAGGAUCGCGAACGAGAGCGGGAGAAACCGCUGGAGGAAAUUCGCACGCCGAGCAAAAAGGAAAAGACCGCCGAUCCGGAAGUGCAGUACAAAAAGGAAAGGGGCGAUCAUAAGGAGCAUUUAUACAUGAUUGUGAUUGGUCAUGUCGAUGCAGGCAAGAGUACCUUAAUGGGACACAUGCUAUGUGCGCUAGGACAAGUGCAACAGAAGACAAUGCACAAAUAUGAGCAAGAGAGUCGUAAGUUAGGCAAACAAAGUUUCAUGUAUGCUUGGGUCUUGGAUGAAACUGGCGAGGAGAGAAAUCGCGGAAUUACAAUGGAUGUUGGACGCUCACAAUUCGAAACAAAGACUAAAUUAGUUACUUUACUAGACGCACCUGGACAUAAAGAUUUCAUCCCGAAUAUGAUCUCUGGCGCUGGACAAGCUGAUGUCGCCCUGUUAGUGGUGGAUGCAACCCGCGGUGAGUUCGAAACCGGUUUCGAGUUUGGCGGUCAAACUAGAGAGCACGCUUUGCUCGUACGCUCGCUGGGUGUGACUCAAUUAGCUGUCGCCAUCAAUAAGUUGGACACAGUGUCAUGGUCGCAGGAGCGUUUCAACGAAAUCAAGGACAAACUCAAGGCAUUCUUAAAACAAGCGGGUUUCAGAGAAAACGACGUCACAUUCGUGCCAUGCAGCGGUUUAACCGGACAGAAUUUGGUCGACAAAUCGACUGAAAACGAACUGGUGUCGUGGUAUAAUGGCUCAAGUCUUUUGGAAGUUAUUGAUGGGUUUAGAUCCCCGGAGAGGCCGAUUACGAAGCCUUUCCGCUUUUCGAUUAAUGAUAUUUUCAAGGGCACCGGGUCUAAUUUCUGCGUCGCUGGAAGAGUUGAAACUGGUACCUUGAACGUCGGUGACAAGGUAAUGGUGUGUCCUAUUCGCGAAGUGGCCAUUGUGAAAAUGAUCACUACCGAUGAAAUGCCUCAACAAGUUGUAUUCGCUGGCGAUCAACCGUCAAUUACUUUAGCCGGGGUAGAGAUGCAGCAUGUUACCAUUGGUAAUAUUCUGUGUGAUCCACAUUAUCCGGUUCCGGUCUCGUCCAAGUUCCAGUGUCGCAUUGUUGUCUUUAACGUGACUAUUCCAAUAACAAAAGGUUUUCCGGUGGUGCUGCAUCAUCAAUCCUUAGUUGAGCCGGCUACAAUCUCGAAACUCAUAUCGCAGCUGAACAAGGCAACCGGCGAAGUUCUAAAGAAACAUCCACGGUUUUUGGGUAACAAUACAAGCGCCAUGAUUGAAAUUCAAGUGCAGCGACCACUCGCGAUCGAGUUGUACAGCGAGUGCAAGGAGUUGGGCAGGGUUAUGUUGCGCGUUGGUGGCGUGACCAUCGCCGCCGGGCUGAUCACAAAAAUCAUCUUGUAAUUUUCUUAUUAACAUCAUGUUAAUGUUUGUAUAAAUAUACGGAUAAGGGGAACAA